AUGAGGCUGAGGAAGGCGUUGUUUGUGCUGCGGACGAUGACAAUGACGACGACUACGACGACGACGACGACGACGAUGACGAGAGGGAAAGUGAAAGGAAGGAGAGGAAAAAAAACAUUUGAGGAGCAAACUGUGGGGUCGCCGCAGGUGCUAAAAAUCACUGCCAUGUGUUUCGCAGGUGCAAGCAGUGUUUCCCAGCUGCGGAGAAGCUUGUGUGUCUUGAGUGUUUCAUGUGUAUGUGGAUGUGAGGUGGACGAGGCGCGUGGGUGUUUCAGUGGUUGUCCUCUGAGGGACUCUUUAUUUUUGUUCAGACAGCCGACUAUACUACUGUCCUUCCGUCGAGAAGAAGUUGUCAUGGAAGACCAACAGCCGCUGGGUUUGAACGAGCACCACAAACAAGAGCUGGUGGAUUUCAUGCGGUUCUGCAGGUAC